UGCACACACCCCGGAACUAUUAUUCAAGCGUGACCUAGUGGCCUGCAGGAGACACCUGCAGCAGGCGACGCACACAAGCUGUGUGGAGGCUAAGGUCGCCCCACGCUUGUUUACCGGGAAGUGUAUUUGUAUUAGCAUUAUCAUUAGCAUCAACACCCCGCUCUCUGGACAAUGUCAGCAGCUCCUGGUCCAGCAGCAGCGUCACCAGCAGCAGGAGGAGGAGACGCCCCGGUUUCUACAGCCGGUGAGUCGUUUAAGAAGUGCUGGAGCUGCCGGGCUCUGUCCGGAGGCGGCCUGCUGCUGGCCGCGGCGUAUGUCUACAGCGGAGCCCGGAGGACGAUGCGCUACGGCGGACCCACCACCAUGGGGACAGUGGCCCAGAUUACUUUUGCUGCGAGUUUGGCUGCCUUUGGACUCGUUGUCAUCACCGAUCCCGUGGGGAAAUCACAGAGGAAGACGUGAAGACUUUAAUUACAACCAUGUAUAAUACAUGGCUGAAGUAUGGACUGUCAGGCCCAGAUAAAGUGACGCCAAAGAGACUGAUGGGUAGAUCAUUAAGACGUUGCACUUCUUUCCUCGCCAUGUCUGGGAGGAUAAAUUAAAAUGAACUUUGCCUACAGGGCAACUGCAACUGCGUCUCACUUACAUGUCAAAAUUAAAAGGAAAAUAUCAACAGCAGCCAUAAUUAUCACAGAUAGGAUCGAGGCCCUUAAUUAUACAGUGUAAUACCGGAUCAUGAUUUCACACCGUCCACUGUACGUGCUUCAUGUGUUUCAGUAACGUCGCUGCAAAGUGUGGAGACAAGCAUGAUACUGGAUUAUGUUGUCACUAUGCAGAUGGGUGAAGUUUCCUACAAUUUUGGAAGAUAUUGUCAGUGACAAAGACCAAAACUAAAAAAAAAAAAAAAAUACAACAAAUAAACACAUGGUGUGCAUAUUUUUGAAGAAG